AUGGACCCAGACGCAAGCAUCCCGGAUUCGGAACCCUCACCCUUCAACUACAUUCUCUCCUUCCUCCUCGUCGGCGUAGCAUGGGGCUUCACAACCCCCUUUAUCCGUCGCGCAGCAGCGGACUUCAACGCGCGACAAGAGAAACAGCAACAACAGUCCAGCACAGACCCAGCCACGGAACCCCGCGGCCGAUCGCAGACUCAAUCGUCAAGCCCAGACUUCCGCGAUGAACCGGCCGAGGAGCAGGAGCUUCUUGUGCGGGAUGAAGCGGGUGCGGAUGUCGAGGGUGAUGGGGUGAGGAGGCGUAGUGCUAGUCAGCAGCGACAAGAGCAGCAGGCUGGCGCAGGACAAGAGGGCGAAGUAGACAACACCCCAGCACCAGCCUGGAUGCAAUCGCAGCAGAAAAAGUCCUGGCUGCGAACGAAGAUCGUGUCUGUGUUCUGGACUGUUGUCAAUAUGCUCCGUACGCCGGCGUACUCGAUUCCGCUGGUUAUCAAUUUGACCGGCAGUAUUUGGUUUUUCUUGCUUGUUGGGAAGCAUGAACUCUCUUUGACGGUGCCGCUGGCGAAUUCGAGUGCGUUUUUGUUUACGGUUUUGGGCGAGUGGUAUGUUGAUCGGAAGGUCAUUGCGAAGGAGACCUGGUUGGGAUUGGUAUUGGUGUUGGGCGGUAUUGCGUUGUGUGUGCAUUCGAAGAAUCAGACUGGUUGA